AUGUGUGGAGAUGAAGCCAGUGCAGUACGAAGCGCUUUACAGGUGUCGUAUCCUAUGGAGAAUGGUAUUAUUCGCAAUUGGGAAGAUAUGGGCCAUCUGUGGGACUAUUCAUUCUACGAGAGAAUGAAAAUCGAUCCUCGUGGCCGGAAAAUUCUGUUGACCGAGCCACCAUUGAACCCAGUUGCCAACCGAGAGAAGAUGGUCGGGACCAUGUUUGAGAAGUACGGAUUUAAUGGUGUGUAUGUGGCCAUUCAGGCUGUUUUGGCAUUGUAUGCACAGGGUCUAUCGUCAGGAGUCGUGGUUGAUUCGGGAGACGGUGUUACACAUAUCGUGCCUGUUUACGAGUCAGUCGUGUUGAACCACCUGACCCGUCGUUUGGACAUUGCUGGUCGAGAUAUCACCAGAAACCUCAUUAAUUUAUUACUUAGACGAGGAUACGCGUUUAACCGAACUGCGGAUUUCGAGACUGUGCGCCAAAUCAAGGAAAAGUUCUGUUAUGUCAGUUAUGAUCUCGAAUAUGACGACCGACUGGCUAAUGAGACUACUGCUCUUAUGGAGACUUAUGAGUUGCCUGAUGGCCGUACAAUUAAGCUUGGUCCCGAGAGAUUCCAGGCUCCCGAGUGUCUAUUCCAGCCACAUUUGGUAGACAGCGAGCAGCCAGGAGUCGCCGAGUUCCUGUUCAACACCAUUCAAGCCGCUGAUGUCGAUAUCCGGUCGUCGCUUUAUAAAGCCAUUGUACUAUCUGGAGGAUCCAGUAUGUACCCCGGCCUACCCAGUCGACUGGAGAAGGAGCUGAAGCAGCUGUGGCUGACCCGAGUGCUCAACGGCGACCCCGAACGACUGAGUAAGUUCAAAGUGCGCAUCGAAGACCCUCCACGAAGACGACACAUGGUGUUCCUCGGCGGAGCGGUGCUCGCCAACAUCAUGCAUGAUAAAGAACACAUGUGGAUCUCCAAAGCCGAGUGGGAAGAACAUGGCGCCAACAUCCUGUCCAAACUCGGUCCUAGAUAA